UCAUCCACCAUGUUUGCUUAACAGUUAACAUCUUCUUCAAGCUCCGAUUCAACUCGAACGAUUCCCUCCCACCCGUUUUAACUCACUCUGCUUCAGAUUUUGAUCUCCGGAGAGCGUAAUGGAGAAGACUCCACCACCUCCUAAUGACCUGCUGAAGAAGAUACUCGAGCUAGAGGAAAGCCAAGAGCAUCUAAAGCAAGAGAUGUCGAGGCUCAAGGUAUCCUCUGAGAUCAGGCAGCGGUCGCAUUCGGUCUCGCCGCAUCGGCCUGCGAGGAGAAACAUUGGAGAUGGAGCUCAAUUUUGGAGGAAGAGCGGCGCGGCCUCGUUUCGUCACGGUUCGCCGUUGCGUAAGGAGAGCAGCCGUCUCCAGGGUUCGAUGAAUCUGAGAGGUGGAGGAGGAAAGGGACCAUCGGCGGGGAAGUUCACUGAUAAUCAGUAUUUGAAUAUUUUGCAGUCCAUGGCACAGACUGUUCAUGCCUAUGAUCUCAAUAUGCGAAUUAUCUUUUGGAACGCUAUGGCGGAAAAGCUUUAUGGGUACUCUGCUGCAGAAGCACUUGGUGAGAACCCAAUUGAUAUUCUUGCAGAUAACCGAGAUGCUGCUUGUGCAAUGAAUAUUGCUCGACGUUGUGUCUGUGGAGAGAGCUGGACCGGCGAGUUUCCUGUCAAGACCAAAUCAGGGGAGAGGUUCUCAGCUGUCACUACGUGUUCCCCUUUCUAUGAUGAUGAUGGUACUCUUAUAGGGGUCAUUUGUAUCACAAGUAAAACGGAACAUUACAUGAACCCUAGAGUCUCUUUGGCUAAGUUAAAGGGGCAAGAAGGUGAAACGAGCUCUAAUGCUGCAAGGAAUAGUUUUGCCUCUAAACUUGGCAUUGACUCUGAUCAGCCUAUUCAAGCUGCUAUAACAUCAAAAAUAUCAAAUUUGGCGUCCAAGGUGAGCGACAAGGUCAGGUCGAAAAUGCGGGGAGGUGACAGUAGUAGUGCCACACCUUCUGAGGGUGGCAGUGGUGAUAGUCAUCAUUCAGAUCAUGGUGUCUUUGGUGCUACUCUCUCUGACCACAGAGACGAUGCAGCGUCAAGUGGUUCCAGCACACCAAGAGGGGAUUUUGUCCAGUAUCCUUUUGGUGUAUUCACAUGUAACGAUGAAAAGUUACCUUCGAAACCCGUCAAAGAUUCCAGUGAUAAGACCCAUGAGGGUGAUGAAAAGCCUGCAAUCCAUAAGGUUCUAACCUCAAAAGCUGAGGAAUGGAUGGUAAAGAAAGGCUUGUCAUUGCCAUGGAGAGGGAAUGAGCAGGAGGAAGGUUCAAAAGGAAGGCCAGCUACUCAUUCUGUAUGGCCUUGGGUACAAACUGAUCAAGAGAAAGAUAAGUCUAACUCUGAAAGCCUUGCCUUUGAGAGUAAGAAGCCUAAGAAUAAUGAGAGCAGUAGUUUGUGGUCUUCCUCUAUAAGUGCGAACAACACAAGUAGCGCUAGUAGCAGCGGAAGUACCAACAACAGUGUUAUGAACAAGGUUGAUACUGAUAGUGAGGGCCUUGAAUAUGAAAUUUUAUGGGAUGAUUUGACAAUUGGAGAACAAAUCGGACAAGGUUCAUGUGGAACUGUUUAUCACGGUCUCUGGUUUGGAUCUGAUGUAGCUGUAAAAGUGUUCUCCAAGCAAGAAUAUUCAGAAGAGACUAUCCAAUCUUUUAGGCAAGAGGUAUUGUUAAUGAGAAGACUUAGACAUCCUAAUGUACUGCUCUUUAUGGGAGCUGUCACUUCACCUCCUCGCCUCUGUAUUGUGUCGGAGUUCCUUCCACGUGGAAGUCUCUUCCGUCUACUGCAGAGGAACACGUCAAAACUGGAUUGGAGGCGGCGUAUCAAUAUGGCAAUGGACAUUGCACGCGGUAUGAACUAUCUUCACAACUGUAGUCCACCUAUUAUCCAUCGUGAUCUGAAGUCGUCAAAUCUGCUCGUUGACAAGAACUGGACCGUUAAAGUAAGAUAUUCAUCUUGAUAUGUUAAUAUCCAUCUUAGCCUUCUAAAAAAAAAUAUUUGUCUGAGUGAACCGGAAAAGUGAGACUCAUACCUGCAACGAGAAACAUCUUCAACUUACAGUGA